AUGUCGAGCUAUCAUGCGAGCUCGCUGCCUCUCGACCUCCUUCGCAACGUCCUCUCUCGCCUACCCACCAUAUCGCUCCUCAAGCUCAGGUCCGUCUGCAGGGAAUGGCGGGACGUCAUCGACGAUCCGCACUUCGCCGCCACGCACGCCACCUGCGACUUCGAGAGUCCCCGGAUUCUGCCGCUCCCGGGGCCGAGCCGCAGCGCGGAGCGCUGGUUCGAGGUGGACGAUGAGUUCCUGGGAGCCAGAGCUUCCUGUAACGGGUUGCUCUGCUUCGACGACCUCUGCGAUGGCACAAUCUAUCUCCUUAAUCCUCUGACGGGAGAGAUCGUCUCGCUGCCGAGCUGCAUCGACCCGUCUCGCGAACGGAGGCACCCGCACAGGAUUGGAAUCGGGGUUGACCGCCUGUCUGGCCGGUACAAAAUCGUCCGCCUGAGCUGCUCUGUGGACCGCACAGUCCGCCCGACUAGAGCACGGGUCCUCGAUCAGGGCUCGCGGUCAUGGAGGGACAUAGCGAGCGUCCCUCCUGGCCUCCUCCUCGGUGGCCCCGUGUUCGCUGCCGGAUCGAUCCACUGGGAAGCUGCCGGAGAAGGCGGCCUCAUCAGGAUCUCGUCAUUCGACAUCGCGAAGGAGGAGUUUGCGUGGACUCCCCGCCCCGAGCUUCGAGACGCCCACCUGGUGGACCUCCGGGGAGCUCUGGGGCUCGUCGACCGCUCCCGCCAGGAGAGAGUGGAUGUGUGGGCGAUGGAGGAGGGCCGGCAGUGGGUGAAGCGGUACAGCGUCCGGCUGAACUCGCCGUGGCCCGUGGACAGUCACUGGUUCCUUACCGUUCUGGGCUGCGGUGGCCGGAAGAUUGUGCUCAAGUACUUGGAGAACCUGCUGCUCUAUGAUCCGGCGGCUGACAAGCUGGAGUGUGUACAGAGAUCCGGCGACGCACCGGCCGGACAGGCUAGCAGCAUCACCGUGAGUUUGCUUUCCCCGGCGAAGUUGUGGAACGCGGACAAAGUCCUGCCUUGA